AUGAAUUCCCAACCAGGUUUAAUUCCCCUUUUUCCAGUUUUUCCUCCAAGAAAUGAUAACAACAACAACGGUAGUGGUAAUAAUAAUGGUAUAAUAAAUCAUGAACAAAUGGAUGAAUUAUCAGAAGAACAAAGGCGUAUUUUAUUAAAUGGUUCACGGGAAUCAAUCGAAGAACUAAACAAAAUUUUGCAAAAUAUUCAAUAUCAAAUUUACAAUAAUGUGAGUAUUCUUGCACAAGUUGCUAACAAUAAUAAUAUUGUUCCCAACAAUAACAAUGAGAAUGAUAGUAAUUCUGUUAAAGAUACUUGUGAUGAUUUUAUACAUAAUAUUGAUACUAAUAUAUUAGACACUAGUAAAGAUGGUGUUCAAGAUAAAAAAGGUAAAGGAAAAAAGAGAUUAUCAAAUGAAUUGACAAAUAAAUCAGCUCCAUAUUUCGACACUGAUUGUUCCUGGUCAUUGGAUGAAAGUAACAAUGAUGAUUUAAUUGAAGGAGAAUUAUUUCAGGGAAGAUAUGAUGACUUUUCGGAGAAUGAUGAAAUGCAAUUAUUUCUCUUUGGAGUGAGAUUAAGAAAUUUAUUUGAAAAUAAUGAAUGUUUGUUGUAA